UUUAUUAUGUGCCUUUUGUAGAUGAAAGAGAAGGGUAUCCAGCCUGUCCGGCCGUGGAUGGAGAAGCCUGUGUUUAUUUCAGCCACUAGUGGAACAUUUGAGGCGUAUGUACCUCCCGAAGGAGAUGGAAAAGUGUCGGCCACGUUAACUGCUGGUGCUAAACAGAAAUUGGAGUUUCUGGAGAAAAAAGGUAAAUCCAUGAUGGCAGUCAGAAAAAUUCGGCAGUUUGAUGAAGACUUUGAUCCAAAGCUAUUUGCAGAGGAAGCACAGCAGAUCUAUAUUGACAUGCACAAAGCUUUGGCAGAUUUUGAUAAGGUGAAGCUACAUCAGAUGGUGACAGAGCGAGCCUUCCCAGUGGUGACCCAUCAAGUUCGUAACAAGACACUGAGAUGGCAGUUUGUUUCAUCAUUAGAACCACCACGAGUUGUUCAUGUGCGAUGCACUGAUGUUAUCAGCAAAGAAAAUAUAUUUGCACAAAUUACAGUUCGUUUUCAUACAAAACAGACGUUGGCUGUAUAUGAUCGAUUUGGCCGUCUGCAGCACGGGUCAGAGGUGGUUGCAAAGGAUGUCCUGGAGUAUGUUGUUUUUGAGAAACAUGUGGCCAACACCUACGGUGUCUGGAGAAUCCACGACAAGAUAAUUCCUGAUUGGAUGCCUCCUCGGCAGCCAAGCUAUAAGACAUACAAGGUGGAAGAACAAAGCCCAGAGGAAACAGAAGUUGCUGUAGUGGAGGAAAAAGAGGAGAAAGUAGCAGAAACUGCUACAGCAUAAGAUAUUACGGCUUUUUUUUUUCAGUACAUAUAUUUCUUUUUUAUUCACAUGUAAUGAUGUACUGGUAAUUGUUUUCUUAUUUAUUUUUUGUUUAUCAUUGCAGAAAGAUUAAUAUCCACUACAUGAAACAUGUUUCUGAUAGUACCAUUGUGGAGAAUCAAGCCUAUUUAUUACAUACUACCAACCUGUAUAGAGCUACUGUAUGUUUAUGAUUUAGAUUUGAAAUUAUUGUCUUUGUGUUUGACUUCCAGUGGUUACAAAUGAGGUGAGACAGUGAAUACAAUUUACUUGUUAAUAUUAUUGUUCAAUAAGUAUUUGGUCUGUUGAUUUACAUGUAUAUAUCAAGGAGAAGAAAAGUCCUUUUGUAUAGGAUGUAGAAAUAAUAAAUUUGUAAAUAAGAUCAUAA